AUGUGCGACCGGCCGUCUUCACGAGUAACGAAGCCCAGGAAGCAUAGACUAUUCAAUCCAGGUAUUGCAUUCGUAAAGGACAAUCAGGUGGCCGGCGGACUUGCUUACCUGCGGUGGAGGCUGAACCGACGUCCAAGUGUUACAACCCAUUUUCAACAUCCCAUUCGUCUGACAAUAUCUGCUAAUGCCAGAUCCGGUGGCCCUGAUCCGAACACGAUUGGUGGUUGUCGAAAUGAACCGAAUAUUACGCGAAUCGAGCAGCAAGUUCCUAAAUCGAGGCGCCCAGUAAACCACAAGACGUCGCGCAGCCGUGACAUCUCGAUGAACAGCUACCACGUUGUCAAAGCAGGGAUAACAGAAAUCAAGAAGUGUGGGGUGGAUGUGGACCGAGAAACUCCUGGUCAGCAACCCGCGUCUGAAACAACUUUAACCAAAGGAUGUGUAAAACGCUUUUUCCGCUCCAAAUUCGGACUGGCACAAGCCUAG